AUGCAAGUCAUGUUUACACUAAAUGGUAAGGAACGAUAUAUGAAUUUGUGGAUUUUACUUGCUGUUUUGGGUGCAUCAAAUGCUCUAAUCGAUCAUUUGAAUGUGUCACAACCUGUAAAAGUUUGUCCUGAGCCACAAUUACUAUGCGGCGAGAAUACUUGCUACGACCCAGUUACACAGAACUGUACGAACUCCGAUAGAGCUGUUCAAUGUAUUAAUGCCUGUGGAGAUCAAUGCUACAGUCGAGAUACACAUCGAUGUUUAAAUGGCACAUUGUGCAAACGAUAUGAACGAUUAUGCUCUGUCAAGUACGAAGUUUAUGCUUCAAAAGUAUAUGAUUCACCAUCAAAUCAGUGCUAUAAUCCUAAGCGUCAAGCAUGUGUAAACAACACACUAUGCGAUCUAUAUCGAGUGUGUGGUCAACAAUGUCUCCAAGGAAAACAGCUGUGCAUCAAUAACGAAACAAUAUGCCAGUCAUCUAACGUAUACAGGUAUUAUAAUUAUGGAUCAAGAUUCACUUCGAUUGGAUCAUGUAACGGUACAUGUUACUAUGUUGUCGAUGAAGAAUGCGUUAAUAAUACGGUCCAGUGUAUUAAUAAUAACAAUUGCUCUGGUACAUGUUAUAAUUCAUCAGCACAAAAAUGUUUGAAUGGUACUUUAUGCGAACUUAAUGAGGAAUUGUGCACUGUGAAAUACAAUGAAUGGGGCCCGCAAUAUAAUUCACCGUCAUAUCAAUGUUACAAUCCUAAUGAUCAAAUAUGUGUCAACAACACGCUUUGUUACAAACAUAGUGUGUGCGGUCAACAAUGUCUUGGAGGAGAACAGCUCUGUAUCAGAAAUAAAACAACAUGUAAUCGUCCAUUAGGUAAUCCUCUGUACAUCGGUGGAUCAACACUCACUACGAUUGAAUCAUGUAACGGCAAUUGUUAUGAUUCUGCAGUGAACGAAUGCGUCGAUGGUACUAUUCAGUGCAUUAACAAUAACAACUGCUCCGGAAGAUGCUACGAUUCAUCCACACUCAAAUGUUUAAACGGAACAUUGUGUAGUCUGUAUGCAGAUUUGUGCAAUGUGAACUACACUCAAUGGGGUAUGGGAUAUGAUUCAGGAUUACGAUGCUACAAUCCCAACAUUCAAGUAUGUCUCAACAACAAACUCUGCUUUCAAUCUAGUUUAUGCGAUGGACAAUGUCUAGGACCAGAUCAGUUAUGUAUCAGUAAUAAUAAAACAGUCUGUUACUCACCUAACCCAGAAUGGUAUCUUACUCAUAUGUCAAACUUGACUACAGUCGAAUCCUGCAACGGCACAUGUUAUGAUCUUUCAGUUGGACAAUGUGUUAAUAAUACUGUUCAAUGCAUUAAUAAUAACGCUUGCUCUGGAAUAUGCUACGAUCCAUUGAAAAGGAAAUGUUUCAACGGUACUUUGUGCGACCUAGAUGCAGAUUUGUGUAUCGUAAAAUACGAUGAUUGGGGAAUUGAGCAACGUCCAUAUUCGAUAUGUUAUCAUCCUAAAUAUAGUCUAUGUCACAACAACCGACUUUGUACUCGUGGUUUUCGAUCAUGCGGCCAACAGUGUCUUGGAAAUCACCAAAUAUGUGUUAAUAAUAACACAAUAUGUAACGUUACGUUGGCGUAUAAUAAUUAUGAAGCUAAUCAGAUUCAGAUAUGCAAUGGUGUUUGUUAUGAUACGUCUCUUCAACAAUGUAUUUACAGAAAUGUAACAAUCAGCUCUACUACAACUUCAUCGCUACCAGAGACGACAAUAACAACACCUAUACCAUCAGAUUAUCGUCCGAUUUGGUGGAAUCUAUAUAAGAUGACCAGCUAUAUUAUAAUCGCUUUAUGCGUUGUACUUUAUGGUAUAUUACGGUUAUGUAUCUCCUCGCCCUCACCUUUAGCUGAAAAGUCUAUUCUUUCAGACUCCGAUCGAAUUCAGCUAAUGAAAAGUGAUCAAUUCUAA